CUCCCCAAUGAGGUCCUCAACAUGAUCGUGUCCGAAUGUCAUCCUACCGACUUAAAGAACUUGCGUUCAGCUUCCAAACUCAUGUACCAGAUUGCCACCGAGCCAUUCGCAAGCACGUUCUUCUCUUGUCGACGAUUUCUUUUCACUUAUCAGAGCAUGAAAGCAUUGAUCGAUAUCACGGCACACCCAGUUUUCGGACGCCAUCUUGAGUGCCUCACCUUCGGU